AUGGAUCUGAAGAGGCUGCUGCCGGUGCUGCUCUUCCUGCAGUUUGGCUUCUUCUUCUUCUUCUUUGUCUCUUUCUCCUCUGCCAACCUGGUUUUCCAGGUCCACCACAAGUUCGCCGGCCGUGAGCGGCAGCUCAGCGCUUACAAAGCCCAUGAUGUCAACCGUCACCGACGUUUCCUCUCCGCCGUCGAGAUUCCCCUCGGUGGCAAUGGUGUUCCUGUCGAGGCCGGCCUCUACUACACAAAAAUUGGACUAGGGACUCCUCCAAACGACUACUACGUGCAGGUUGACACGGGAAGUGAUACUCUAUGGGUGAACUGUCAAGGCUGUACCAAAUGUCCAACGAAAAGCGAUCUCGGUGUAAAGCUGUCAUUGUUUGAACCAGACAAGUCCUCUACUGCAACGAGGGUUUCUUGUGCCGACGAUUUCUGUAUUUCCACAUUCAGUCGUAUGAUUGAUGGCUGUAAAAAAGAGUUCCCUUGUCAGUACAGUAUCACGUAUGGCGAUGGAAGUGUGACUUCAGGAUUUUAUAUCAGGGACAAUGUUCAGCUUGAUCAAGUGACUGGGAAUCUUCAAACUGGAACCUUGAAUGGGUCUAUUGUGUUUGGGUGUGGAUCGGAACAAUCUGGUCAGUUGGGUACAUCUAGUGAAGCGCUUGAUGGGAUAAUUGGUUUUGGACAGGCAAAUUCCUCCAUGUUUUCUCAACUUGCUGAUGCUGGAAAAGUCAAGCGGGUGUUUUCACAUUGCCUGGACAGUGUAAAAGGAGGUGGCAUUUUUGCAAUUGGUCAAGUGGUCUCACCAAAAGUUGUUACAACUCCCUUAAUACCCAACCAGCCACACUACAAUGUGGGAUUGAAAGACGUUGAAGUGGGCAAUGAAAUUUUAGACCUUCCAUCAGAUAUCUUUGACACUGGAGAUAGAAAAGGAACUAUAAUUGAUAGUGGCACAACAUUGGCAUAUGUUCCAAGUGCGGUUUUUGAACCAAUGAUGGCAAAGAUUAUGGCUCGACAGCCUGGACUGAAGACGCACAUUGUUGAAGAGCAGUUCACUUGCUUUCAGUACAAUGGAAAUGUCGAUGAUGGGUUUCCAGUGGUGAAGUUCCAUUUUGAAGAUAACCUCAAUCUGGCAGUGCAUCCUCAUGAUUAUCUCUUUUCGAUUCGUGAAGACGUGUGGUGCUUGGGUUGGCAGGAUAGUGGGCAACAGUCCAGAGAUAGCAAGGAUAUGUUCCUGUUAGGAGAUCUCGUGCUCUCCAACAAGCUAGUCGUGUACGAUCUUGAAAACCAAGUGCUUGGAUGGACAGACUACAACUGCUCUUCAAGUAUCAAAAUCAAGGACGGGAAGACUGGAACAGCCUAUGAAGUGAGCGCGAAGGACAUCUCGCGAGCUUCCCAGUCGACGAAUCCAGUAAGACAGCUGACAUUUUUGUGGUUGUUACUAUCAGCAGUGUUGCAUAGAUUUGUAUGA